AUGGACGCAACUAGUGGUCCGGCAACCCUGGGCAAUUUCAUCGCCACAAGGCUGGUGGAAGUAGGAUGCACAGACUUCUUCUGUGUUCCAGGAGACUACAACAUGAGCUUACUUGAUCAGCUCAACGCGGAACCAGGACUGAACAUGAUCCAUUGUUGCAACGAGCUGAACGCAGGGUAUGCGGCAGAUGGAUAUGCACGUGCAAAAGGCGUGGGGUGUGUCGUGGUGACCUUCACAGUGGGAGGCCUCAGCGUUAUCAAUGCAGUGGCGGGUGCAAUGAGCGAGCACCUGCCGCUCAUCUGCAUCACCGGCUGCCCCAACAGCAACGACUUUGGGGGCGACAAGAUCCUGCACCACACCAUUGGCGAGGUGGACUUCAGCCAGGAGCUGAGGUGUUUCAAGGAGGUGACCUGUGCGCAAGUGACAAUCCGGCAUGCCAAGACGGCCAAUGAGCAGGUGGACUUUGCCAUCUCAGAGGCUCUGCUGCGGAAGAAGCCAGUGCUUAUCCAGGUGUGCAGCAACAUGGCGACAGAGAAGUCCCCCCUGUUUUCUGCGCAGCCGGUCCCGUACUCCCUCAGUCCCCACGUCACCAACUCCAGCAGCCUGGAGGCCGCCGUAGAGGCCGCAGCUGACUUCCUGAACAAGGCAUCCAAGGCAGUCAUUGUGGUGGGGCCGCAAGCAAAGCCAUACAGGGCCAUCGAGGCAACCGUGAAGCUUGCAAAGGCGUCGCAGUAUGCCACAGCUGUUCUCCCCAAUGCCAAGGGGCUGUUCCCAGAGACUGAUCCCCUCUUUGUGGGCACCUACUGGGGGCAAGUCAGCAGCCCCUACACUGCAGAGGUGAUAGAUUCUGCCGCUGCAAACCUGAUGGUCGGCCCGCUCUUCAAUGACUACAACACAGUCGCCUUCUCUGCCCUCAUCAGCGAAGAGAAGAUGGUCAAGGUGGACCCCUUCCGGGUGACUGUGGCGGGAAAGAAAGAGUUUGGCUGCGUCAACAUGGGGGACUUCCUGGACGCACUGCGCGAAAAGCUGCAGCCCAACCCCACGGUCAUCGACAACUACCGCCGCAUGUUCAUACCCGAGGCUGAGCCCCUCACUAAGGGACCAGAGGAGCCCAUCAAGGCAGCCGUGCUCUACCACAAUGUGCAGGAAUUCCUGUCAUCGGAGCACGUGGUGAUGGCAGACACGGGAGACUGCAUCUUCUGGACGCAGCGGCUGAGACUCCCAUAUGGCGCUGGGUAUGAGUCACAGAUGCAGUACGGUUCCAUCGGGUGGUCUGUGGGCGCUUCGCUGGGCUUCUCAGUUGGCGCACGCUCCAAGGAGAAGCGCCUGAUCACCUUUGUGGGAGACGGCUGCUUCCAGAUCGGUGCACAGGAUGUGUCCACGAUGAUCAGGGUGGGGGUGAAUCCGGUCAUCUUCCUGCUGAACAACAGCAGCUAUGCGAUUGAGGAGAUGAUCCACCCGGGCCCCUAUAACAAGCUGUCUGACUGGGACUACACUGCCCUUGUUACUGCCAUGAAGGCAGGCUCCGACAACCUCUUCACAGCCAAGGCAAGCACACAGACAGAGGAGGAGCUGAAGGCGACACUGGCGGCAGUGGAGGGCGAGCACAAGGAGAAGCUGUGCUUCAUAGAGGUGAAGCUGCACCCGCAGGACUGCAGCCCCCAGCUGCUGGAAUGGGGCGCUCGCAUCGCCAUGUACAACAGCCGCCCGCCCCAGAUCCACUAG